UGAGCAAUGAGACACAAACAUUUUAUAGCAUCUUUUUCUGGGACUUACAGUAAGUACCCUUUGCUUUUCCAUGUCUCCUUGUGUGUUCUCUCUCUCUCUCUCUACUCAUUUAUUUGUAGCUCUUGAAACACUGGAAGAGCCCAAAAUUCAACAAGCAGUGGUUUGUGUAUUAUCUACUUUCUUCCUUUCUUUUUUGCUUUUCUGGUUCUUACUUCUCUGACUUUGCUCCAUCAUCCCCAUCUCUCCAAACCUCUGCUUUCCCACAGUUGUAUACUUCUUUUUCUCUCUCUCUCUCGGCAAUCUUGUCUCCAUUAAUUAACUUUUCAGCUUCAACAAUAACUGUACCAUUUGUGGUAAAAACAAAAAAAAAAAAAUACCAUCCAUAAGCCAGUGCUCUGUCUUGUCUUUUGAUGCUUCUCAUCUCCUAGCUUCCAUAGCUCACAAAGUAGCAUAGUACUCAACCUUACUUUGCUGCUUCAAAGAUAUACCAAUCCAUUUUUUUCCUACAUGCAGGUGUUGAAGAGAUAGCAAACUAGCGCUAUUUGCAUUCAUACCGGCUAUCAAAAGCAACAAGCACCAGGCAUUGCUGCCUUUACUUGAGCAUGACACCACCAAACCCUGGGUUAGAAUCUGAAAAUGAUUCAGAAGCAAGCAGCCAAGUGGCUUCCAACAUAUCUGCACAAGAAGCGACCCCCGAUGCCUCAAAGGAUAGCACAACCACUACAUCAUGCCUCACAAAUCUCAUAAAGGCUCAACCAGAAACAGGGUCUGUUUCCCUUGACCUGACUCUUCAUUUCAGUGCCACUGAUGCUGAGAUGAAGGGCACCGGUGACACUAGUAGUGAGAUAGCAAGCCAUGGUUUGUCAGCCACAAUCCCAAGGGUUUUCUCUUGUAAUUAUUGCAGGCGCAAAUUCUAUAGUUCACAGGCACUGGGUGGACACCAGAAUGCUCAUAAGAGGGAGAGGACAAUGGCAAAGCGUGCUAUGCGGAUGGGGAUAUUCUCUGACAGGUGUACAAGCUUGGCAUCUCUCCCCCUUCACGGUUCUACAUUGCGGUCCCUUGGGAUCAAAGCUCAUUCUGCCAUGCACCAAGGAAUCAUUUCAUCACAGAGGCCUAUUGAUACAAGAGCUGGAGCAAGGUUUGAUCAAGGGUAUUUUGGAACGCCAAUGUUCAUGGAAGAUGAUGAUGUUGACUUGUUUUGGCCAGGUAGUUUUAGACAGGUGAAUGAAGGAGUUAGUGGUAACCCGGCUUUGGAGUUUGCUCCAAAUUCAACUCAAAGUUCAAAUACGGGUUUUGUAGCAAUGGCAUCACCACCAAGAACAGAUUCAUCUUCGCCCGAUCUUACUUUGAAGCUCUAAUUAUAUUAAGGCUCCUUUUCAUCUAAACGUGCUACUCAUUAUGGUGCUCACUCUGUACAGUGAGAUGCAUUAGCAAAGGCUGCUAGCUCCUAAAAUUAUUUUUGCUAGAUUUCUUUAACCGUUAAAUUUUCUAUUUUUACCUGUGCCAUUGGUCUGCGGCUGAUGUGCAAAGUUUGGGGUAUGAAGUGAAAGCUAUAGCUUGCAGU